CUUUGGCGACUCUGAAGCCGCAGGCUGGCCUCAUCGUGCCCCAGACGGUGCCGUCCUCCCAGCCAAAUGUGGCGGGAGCUGGGGAGUCCAUGGAUCUGGGAGAGCUUGUGGGCAUGACCCCCGAGAUCAUCCAGAAGCUUCAAGACAAGGCUACGGUGCUGACCACGGAGCGUAAGAAGAGAGGCAAGACUGUUCCAGAGGAACUGGUGAAGCCGGAGGAACUCAGCAAGUACCGGCAGGUCGCCUCGCAUGUGGGGCUGCACAGCGCCAGCAUUCCAGGGAUCCUUGCCUUGGACCUCUGUCCUUCCGACACCAACAAGAUCCUCACCGGCGGGGCUGAUAAAAACGUCAUCGUCUUUGACAAGAGCUCAGAGCAGAUCCUGGCGACACUCAAGGGGCACUCCAAGAAGGUUACCAGUGUCGUCUUCCACCCCUCUCAGGACUUGGUGUUCUCAGCUUCUCCCGAUGCUACUAUCCGGAUCUGGUCUGUGCCCAACGCCUCCUGCGUGCAGGUCGUCCGUGCCCACGAGGGCUCUGUCACGGGGCUGAGCCUCCACGCGACAGGCGACUACCUCCCCCCCGGCUUAUCUCUCUCUCCUCAACGCGCUCUUCCUCUCUUCCAGUACUGGGCUUUCUCGGAUAUCCAGACAGGCCGUGUCCUCACCAAGGUGACGGAUGAGAGCUCUGGCUGUGGUAAGGCUUAUGGCAGAGUGAAGUCUCUCAUUUUUGACCAGAGCGGCACCUACCUGGCCCUGGGCGGGACGGACGUCCAGAUCUACAUCUGCAAGCAGUGGACGGAAAUCCUCCACUUCACAGAGCACAGCGGCCUCACCACAGGAGUGGCUUUCGGCCACCACGCCAAGUUCAUUGCCUCAACGGGCAUGGACCGGAGCCUGAAGUUCUACAGCCUGUAA